AGUGGCGUCAUGGCGUUGCAUGGCAGCCCAUGAACGUCCUAGAGGGUGCGGCGAACAUUGCUCGGCGCUCCGUCCGACGAAUCACACAGGAAACCUGGGAGGAUCGUACGCUAGUCGUCCGGAUUAGCAAUGGAAGCACCAAGACACUGGAAGCCGCAGAGCCUGCAACAAUGAUGGCAGGGCGGUGCGUGCUGUCCUUUUCGGAACUGGCACCUGGAGAAACCGGCACCGUGCGAUUCAGUUCGGCAGGAGGAGAAUUCUUUGGCAAUGCCACCAGCGGUUGCCAUCACGCAGGAGUUGCGGAGUUCUCCAUCCAGGGCCAACGUCUUUUGAUGGCCGAGUCGUGUCCUUUCGGUCACACCACGCUGAAGACCCAUCGCUUUGUGGUGAGCUUUGAGCCUGGGAAAAGGACCAUGCAAGAAUUUUACAACGAGAUGCCAGCUGUCUUCAUGGGCUGUAGGGAGACGCAACACUCCACGCAUAUGCAGGGCCUGUGUGUGCGGGUGCAUGCAGUGGCUACAUCAAGUCCUGCAGUGGCUGAUAUUGUGAUCUUACAGGAAGAGUUGGAGCAAGUGGAGUACGAGUUGGACUCGGCGCAGCAGUUGGAGUUUGCGGAGUGGUGCUUGAGCCAUCCCGACUUCAAGGACCUCUUGGGCUCGGCCAUGUUCCUGGCUGAGAGUCAGGCGGUGGCCAACGCAAUGAGGCACAAAAAGAUGAGCCACAAUGACAAGGCCUUCAACCUAACCCUACUGAUCGACGCCUUCGUAACCAGCGGCUUGGUGAAGACGUCUCUCGAAGCGUUAGGUGUGAACCUCUCCAGCUAUCGCUCAGCGCGAGAGAAAUGCGACCAGCGCUCCCCUGCCAAUCCGCAGGUGAAACGGCACUGGGACGAGGCCAGCGAGGUGAGCAGCGUGGACGCCGAAGACGCCGAAGUGAAGGCGUACAUCGAAGAGUCCCACAUGCUGCUCCGCACCACUGCAGUGCGCUGCAUGCUGAUGCUCAGCCGUGCAGUGGCCGAGUGCAAGGUGCACGGCCAAUGGCCCACACAGGCAGGUCAUCAGGCAGAUCCCACGCUGGGCUAUCCGGAAAGGCCGCGCACGCCUAGACCAGCUGUGGGAGGCGGCCGUCAUUCCAUCGCCGAGUUCUUCCGGCGUUCCUCCUCGCUGGAGCCAGAUCUGCCGGUCUUGCCCCACAAGACUCCACGGCGAAGCUGCUGCAGUGCAGGGCAGGUGUCGGAAGGACUGGAACGAGAGCAGCUGCUGUAUCUGGUGCGUAACUGUAUACACCUCUCGGCGGAAUUCACCCGACGCCGCAGCAAGCUGCUAGGGAUGCUGGAUACGCCGGAGCAACUGGACGGCUUUCAACGCUACCGGAGGCAAUUGGGCCUCACGCACCGCAACAUCACGGAACAUCGAGGAGGUCAAGAUGUCGUCUACAACUUCUUCAGUCCCGAAGUCUUUGAGGAAUUAGGUAACGGCGUUUCUCCCGAAGAGGUGUUGCAAUCCUUGGGCCACUGCGCUCCAGAGUACAGGACGAUGGCCACCAAUUCCAAGUCUGGAGAACUCUUCCUGUUUUCUUCGGAUCGCAGAUUCAUCAUCAAGACCCUCUCGAGCAAGGAGUUGAUCCUUUUGAUGCGCAUGAUGCCGGCUUACCUUGACCAUAUCCAAAGAUACCCCAGGUCACUCAUCGUCCGCUAUGCAGGACUUUACCUCAUCCAGCGUGGCGAACAAUUUCUUCAUUUUGUGGUCAUGAAAUCCGUCUUCGAUCCACAGAUUCCGUUGCAUUUGAAAUUCGACCUCAAGGGCUCGCUCUACAAGCGCCGGAAGAAGGCUCAGGAAUCAGUGGGCAAAGAUGAAGACUGGGUUCACUCGGGCCAUCGCCUGAAUCUUCCCUUAGAGGUGCAGCGUGAGUUUUGUGCUCAACACGAGCUCGAUGCGCAGCUGCUAGAGAGUUUCAAAAUGAUGGACUACUCAGUCCUGGUAGGUGUGCAUUUUGUUGAGCACGAUUCCUUCAAUGACUUCCUGGACCCUGGAUGGGGCGAUGGAUACCUCGUCUCCGAGGAUCUCAAGGAAGUUUACCUGGUGGGCAUCAUCGAUCAUUCCAUCAAGUAUGGCAUCAAGAAGCAGGCAGAGAAUUUGCUGCGUGUGGCGCAGGGUACCUCUGACCGAGCCUCUUGCGUGUCCGCCGACACCUAUGCUGAGCGGCAGUUGCAUUUUCUCUACCACAAGGUGAUGAGCAACCCAAGUGCCAUGGACAUUGGAACCGAAGGCCGUCUGAGAGUGGACCUCUUCGGUGCGGAAGAGCUCAUUGCGGCGGAUUGGAAUGGUGCCUCAGACCCCUACGUCACCGUGAAACUUGGCCUCUGCGUCAAGCACACGGCGACGGUUCCGGUGAAUUGCAAUCCGACCUGGAACUGCUCCCUGUACCUUCCAGUGCACCAGGCGCAUCGGGACCAGGAGCUGAAAAUCACCGUCUGGGACGAGGAUCACCUGAAGAGCUUGCGUGGCAACGACGACUUCCUGGGACGACUGUCGGUUCCCAUGACAUGGAUCCUGCAGGGACCAGUUGAUUUGCGCAACGCUGAGCUGUCGGACGUGUCGAAAGGACGCCUCUCUCUGCGCUGUCUCUUCGAGUCGGCCGACGAAAUUGUAGAUGACAGUUUGUUAGCGAAAGCUUCUCCGAAGCAGCCCUCGCGGUCGGUGGCCUGUUGCGUCUGCAGCCCCCUGUACCGAACUGCCGCGGUGUAACACAAAAA